AUGACUUUCAAGCUUCUCUUCUCUUCUCUCUCUCUCUCUCUCUCUCUCUCUCUCUCAGAGACACACACUAUCGAAGCCAGUAGACCAAAGACUGCAACGAUCCAUGAUGAGACUAUGGAGAAUAUCAACUUCGAUGAUAACAUCAAUGAUGUUGGGGACGAUGUUGACGAUGAGGCUGUCAGUGAGAACGACGGCUUCGUGGACGACGCUGAGGAGCCUGACGAUAUCGACGAUGACGACUUCAUGCUCCAGGGCUACGAUGAUCUUGGUCUUCCCAACCAUCAGGAGGAGAGCGAAAGCUGCGAGACUGAAGAUCUCCUCGAACCAUCCAGCACAGGCAAUAAUCGAAAGCGUGUUCGAACCAGCUCUCCUCGCAUCGACAACGCGUUCCCAAUUGAUAGCGCCAAAGGCUUUGUCUUGGACGAUGAUGGUGACCGCUUACCAACCAAAUCAUCCCGUGUCCUUGGAACCUUUGGCCGCCGUGAUCGUAGGAAAGGUGAGUGUCUGCCAGCUUACCACAAGCGUGUCUCUGCCUGUCUCGACAUCGAUGAUCAGCUCUUGAUGGAUAUGCGCGACCACGGCUAUACUGAUGUCGCGAUUGCAAAUCGGUUGGCCCAAAAUGGAGGUACUCGGUAUAACUCAAAGUCCAUAUCCACACGCAUCAUGCGCAUUCGUCUAGCUCAAACUGCGAAUGUCGACUUCCUGCUUGCUGAAGGCUACAAGGAGUGGGAGACUGAGGAUGACAAACUCUUGAUGCGGGCCUUUGCCCUCGCUGAUAUAGAGACAAACUACGAGAUCGAGCGUGCCCGUGCCUGGCGCUUCCGCAAGGUCUCCGAUUACAUGCGCCGCCUCAACAAGGACGCUCUUUUCUCUGCCAAUGCCUGCCGUGACCGCUACAACGCCAUCACCUGCGGUACCGCUGCCAUCCCUACCGAAGAAGACGACGACCCGGACACCCGUCGUGCCGAGCGCGAGGCCUUCUGCUUCGCCCGUGAAGAAGUUCGUAAUAAGGAGAAGGCCGAGAAGGAUGCACAAGAGGCCAUCGAGAACAAGGCAAAGGAAGAAGCGAGGGCAGCUCACGCUCAGCGAUCCGAGGAAGUUGCCAACAGGAUUGCCGAGAAGGAGGCCGCAGUAGCUCAACGCCUGAUCAAGCGUGCUGCCACUGCCCAGAUCCGUGCCCAGAAGGCCUCAGCCAACAAGACCGCAAAAACCCAACGCAACCAGCAGAUCAAGAAGCAAAAGGCCCUUGCCGAUGCCAAGGUCAACAAGGCCACAGGCAAGCGUGCUUCAUCCACCAGCACAGCUGUCACCCUUCCCGCCAUGAAGGACGUCACGCUUGAUACCCCAGACCCUCGAGGCUACCUUUCACUCCACGACCUCCGUGAAAUGUGCGAGGAUCGCGGCUUCGAGGUCACCGGUAAGAACAAGGAUAAGCUGGUUCAGGACCUCAAGGACGCAGAUGAGGAGUGGAACAAAGAGGAUCUCACCAAGAUGUGCCGCGCCAAGGGCCUCGCGAUCAACGGGACAAAACUGCAGAUGAAAUACCGCAUGGCCAUGGCUGCUGCCAAGAGCUACCCGUCUUUCAAUGCUGGCGUUGCUGGGGCCGAGGUGGAGGAAGAGGAGGAGCCGGAGGAGCAGGAGGAAGACGACGACAUGGAAUUCAAUAUCGAAUAG